AUGAUAGGCAUCCAUCGAUUUUGUUUCAACCACACAACAUCCUUUCGAGUUCAAACCAAUCAUACUCAUGUGCGCGUCUUUUGUUUCGUUCUUACCUCACCGCAGUAUUUCGAUACUCGAACACGAGCAGUGCUGUCUACUUGGGGUCGACGAUGUGAUAGUCUAUAUUUUAUCACAGAAUCAUCGAAUGAUACUCAUGACUUACCUAUAGCACCGAUCGCCAAUAUUACACCUGGCUACGAACAUUUAACGCAAAAAACCGUUUUAGCUUUGCAAUAUGCAUAUGAAUAUCAUUUCAAUGAUUUCGAUUGGUUCGUUAAAGCUGAUGAUGAUACUUAUAUUUUUAUGGAAAAUCUAAAGACAUUUUUGAGCAAACAAGACACUACUGAACCAGUCUCAUUCGGAUGGAUUUCCAAGGGUUAUGACUAUCAUCAAGGUGGUGCUUCCUAUGUGUUAAGUCGUGAAGCAUUAAAACGUUUCAAUGAAGGUCAUCAAAAACCUAAUACAACGUGUCGUAAAUAUGGAGGUCAUGAAGAUAUCGAAAUUCGGGCAUGUCUUCGUAGUGAAGGUGUCUAUAUGGGCAAUACACGCGAUGAAGAAAAUCGUGAACGUUUUCAUCCGCUAAACUUCUAUGAUCUUUUCGUCGGUCCUAUACCAGAUUGGUACAAGCAGAGAGCAGCACUUGAGCCUAGUUACGAAUGCUGUGGUGACGAUGUAAUAUCAUUCCACUAUGUUCCUUGGAAUGAACUAUAUUUAAUUGACUCAAUGUGGUAUAGAUUUGGUCGUGAAAGAUAA